UAAGAGCAGCUGCUGGUGCUGGGAGGCAGCCGAGCCACUGCUCUGCUCAAGUGUCCCUGACACUUCCACAGCGCCAUCGCCCGACGCCAACGCUACCGCAGCUGCCACCGCCUGGGCUCCAAGCCACCUGCUGCCUGCUGCCAGAGAAGCGCCAUGGGCUUCUGGAAGUUCUCUCCUCUCCUGAUUCUUGGCAUCUUGGCCCUGUACCAGGUGGGCAUGCUCCAGGCAGCACCAUUCAGGUCUGCUCUGGAGAGUCCUCAGGACGCUGCUAUGCUCAAUGAGGAGGAACUGCGCCUCCUGCUGGCUGCAAUGGUGAAGGACUUUGUGCAGAGGAAGGCCAGUGAACUGCAGCAGGAGCAGGAGACCGAGGGCUCCAGAGUCACUGUCCAGAAGAGAACCUGCAACUCUGCCACCUGUGUGGCCCACUGGCUGGGAGGCCUGCUGAGCAAAGCUGGAAGCGUGGCAAACACCAACUUGCUGCCUACCUCUAUGGGCUUCAAAGUCUACAACAGGCGCCGCAGGGACCUUGGACUUAAGCAGUAAACAACUCCAGGAAGGUCAUCAUGAAGCGAAGUCUACUUUUAAUUUGUAAUGAAAGCAACUCAUCGGAUACAGAGCAUGGAAGACACAUAUAAAUGCAUGCUUAAUAUUAAAAACAUUCUCUUUAGUUUGAAAUAAACUAAAGCUGUGCUCGCUUCGGCAGCACAUAUACUGAAGUAAACUAAAGCUAACUAUGAAAUAAAAUCAUUGCAAAGAC